GUUUUGAAGGUUGCGCGAAGAAGCUGAACACCAUCACCGCUGGAGAGGAGCAGUCGUCACCGGCCUCAGCAUCCACCUGCCCCCCCUGCGACACUACGACCCUCCCUCCGGGGCUGAGCCCCCCCCCCGGACACACCGCGGGCUUCUCGUUCUUGGGAGGUGGGGGCGGAGGACCGGGACACACACACACACACACGGCGCGACAACAGACGCAGACGUCCGUACAAAUAGGAGUUGGGGCAAGAUGCACCGGGGCAGCGGCGGCGCUUCUCUUCAAAGAUCAGAGCCCGCGCAGCGCCGCCUCGCGGACGCGCUUUCCCCUCGCGCGGUCGGAGGAGAGAAGAGGCGUCGAUGGGACGCCGCUGGGUCUCGCUCGCCUCCAGCAUCGCCGACGCCUUUCACCGCCGGGGAGGACGACGAUAGCCGCCCGACACGGACACGCCGGCGCUCGGCGUGUGUGUGUGUGGGUGUGUUGUUGUUUUUUUCUCGCCAUUAUAGUUUUAGAAAACGGGAAACUCCCCCCCCCCCUCUCCUCACCCCUCCUCACCCCGGCCCCUCCCACGCCUCCCGUCGGCCGCGACGGUUCACCUGGCCGCGGGAAACAACGCAGCCAGUCGAGCUAACGUCAACCGACGCGCCGGACGUUCGCUUCGAGCUAGCGUCCUCCCAACGGAGCGGGGAAGCGAGCCACGAAGCGGCAUCACGAAACUCGCGUUUCAACUUCCUCGAACUUACGAGCUGACUUUUAUUUAUUUAUAUAUAUUUAUAUAUAUAUAUAUAUAUUUUUUUUUAAAUUAUCUCUUUCGACAUGACUUCCGGGACCGGUCCGCGCGGCCGGCCCGGGGCCGGCCGGGGUCUGCCGGAGCGGGGGCUGCUCCUGCUGCUCGUGCUGGUGCUUCUCGAGGGCUCCGUGGUGUUCCCCCUGGGGGCGGCCAGCUCUCCGGACGUCGACCCCCGGGGACACUCGGAGGACCGCGCCGUGGCGGAGGAGAGCCAGAACUACAGCAAGAAGGCUUUCCCGGUGCUCAGCCUCGACUACCAUCACAUCCACGUCCCCUUCGAGAUCGCGCUGUGGGUGCUGCUGGCGUCGCUGAUGAAGCUAGGCUUCCACCUGAUUCCUCGGCUCUCCAGCAUUGUGCCCGAGAGCUGCCUGUUGAUCGUGGUGGGUCUGCUUGUGGGGGGGUUCAUCAAACUAGCCGGAGAAAAGGUCCCCCCGGUGCUGGACUCCCAGUCGUUCUUCCUCUGCCUGCUGCCGCCCAUCAUCCUGGAUGCCGGCUACUUCCUGCCCAUCCGCCCCUUCAUGGAGAACCUGGGCACCAUCCUGAUGUUCGCCGUCGUGGGGACCUUGUGGAACGCCUUCUUCGUGGGGGGUCUGCUGUACGCCGUGUGUCAGAUCCAGCCGGGAAAUCCGUCCGACCUCCACAACCUGGAGCUCCUGCCCUGCCUGCUGUUCGCCUCCAUCAUCUCGGCCGUGGAUCCGGUCGCCGUGCUCGCCGUGUUCGAGGAGAUCCACAUCAAUGAGCUGCUGCACAUCCUGGUGUUCGGCGAAUCGCUGCUCAACGAUGCCGUCACUGUGGUGCUGUACCACCUGUUUGAGGAGUAUUCAGGUGCUGGCACAGUGACGAUAUUGGACGGCGUCCUGGGAGUCAUCUCCUUCCUGGUGGUUGCGUUGGGGGGCGUUCUAGUGGGAGCGAUCUAUGGGUUCCUGGCCGCCUUCACCUCACGCUUCACCUCCCACGUACGUGUCAUAGAGCCCCUUUUUGUCUUCGUGUACAGCUACAUGGCCUACCUGUCAGCUGAGAUGUUCCACCUCUCUGGCAUCAUGGCGUUAAUAGCUUGUGGAGCGGUGAUGCGGCCCUAUGUGGAGGCCAACAUAUCCCACAAGUCCCACACCACCAUCAAGUACUUCCUGAAGAUGUGGAGCAGCGUCAGCGAGACGCUCAUCUUCAUCUUUCUGGGCGUGGCCACGGUGGACGGACCUCACAGCUGGAACUGGACCUUCGUCACCGUCACCGUCCUUCUGUGUCUGGUGUCGCGGGUCAUAGGUGUGAUUGGUCUGACCUUCGUGAUCAACAAGUUCCGCAUCGUCAAGCUGACGACCAAGGACCAGUUCAUCGUGGCCUACGGCGGCCUGCGCGGCGCCAUCGCCUUCUCCCUCGGCUUCCUGCUUGAGGAGAAGCACUUUCCCAUGAGAGACAUGUUCCUCACGGCCAUCAUCACCGUCAUCUUCUUCACGGUCUUUGUUCAGGGCAUGACCAUCAAGCCCCUCGUGGAGCUGCUGGCAGUGAAGAAGAAACAGGAGGCCAAGCGGACGAUUAAUGAGGAAAUCCACACCCAGUUCCUUGACCACCUACUAACUGGAAUCGAGGACAUUUGUGGACACUAUGGACACCAUCACUGGAAGGACAAACUGAACCGCAUCAACAAGAAGUACGUGAAGAAGUGCCUGAUAGCCGACGAACGCGGCCGGGAGCCCCAGCUCAUCGCCUUCUACCACAAGAUGGAGAUGAAGCAGGCCAUCGAGCUGGUGGAGAGCGGCGGGGGGUUCAAGCCGCCAUCUGCUCUGCCCUCCACAGUUUCCAUGCAGAACAUCCAGCCGAAGAAGCCGGCUGCUGCCAAGCCCGUCCAGAGAGCUCUGCCCCAGCUGCCCAAAGGCCGAGAGGAGGAGAUCAGGACCAUCCUCAGGAGCAACCUGCAGAGGACGCGACAGAGGCUGCGCUCCUACAACAGACACACUCUGGUGGCCGACCCGUACGAGGAGGGCUUCAGUGACUUCAUCAUCAAGAAGCAAAAGAUAAUCGAGCUGGAGAAGAAGAUAAUCCACAUGAACAACCUGACGUUGCCGGCUGCUCCGCCCGACUCGCCGACCUUGUGCAGAGCCCGGCUGGCUUCAGGCACAGAAACUGAUUUCAAACCCGCACAGCAGCAGAAAGGAAAGCAAAGCUCUCCAGACCCGCAGGCCUACCGCCCGAAGCGAGACAGCGUGCCGACCAUCCAGGUGGACCUGGCCUCCCCCCAGUCCCCCGACUCCGUCAACCUGAUGGACGAGUUCAGAGCGAACGGCAGCCGGCGGGAGGAGGAGGAGGACCAGGGCCUGACUAUGAGGCCGAGGGGGGAGGACGGACGCAGGGAGCAGCUGACGAGGUGCCUGAGCGACCCGGGGCCCAGCGCCGACGAGGACGAGGACGAGCCCUUCCUGCCCUGAGCGGACGGGAAGGGAAACGCCUUCACUUCUGGGGGUGGGGGGGGGGACGGGAGGGGGGCUGCUUCACUGCUGUGUCAUCUCUGUGGUUCAGACACCAAAGCAGCCAAAACGGCUCCCGCUGUGACCAGAGAGAAAAGGCCGAAAUGAAAGCGCCUUUCGCUGGUAACUACGCUGCUCUUACAGGAUCCUCACGGCUGCAGUGAGUUAGUAGUUAAGUCAUUCAGACAUUCAGGAGAGAACUAUGCAUUACCAAAGGUCUGUGUUCAUCUCAGACGAUAUAUCACCUUUCCUUUUUGUACCGACUGCUUAGUUGUUGUCAUGUUGUUGUCUGUAAAGCUUCCUCCUUUGGGAGGUGCUGGGCCUCUUGUCCCGGAUUGAAUCCAUCCAAACAAUCAUAGGCCUUUUUGUUUUAUGGUGCUUGUUUUAAUCCAGAAUCACACUGACUGUUCGCUGGAAAUCGUCUUCAUAUCUUUGGCCUUAUUGUCUGUCGAACUUUUUCACUCUGUGCAUUUUUGUCUUUAAUUUCCGAGGUACUUGUAUGCGUUGAUCGAUCCAGUGAAUAUUAUAGGACAGUAAAUAUGUUCAUCCACCAUUUAACAGCACUUUUGACCCCAAAAUAUAUCCAAUCAGAGUGUGGACGCGCGAAAAAAAAAGAACUCUAUGCAGCAUUGGUGUGUAAAAUAUGUAAAUUGGUAAUAUUAUUGUAUAAUUAAUAUAAUUGUAAUAACCUAUAUCUAUGACACCUUUUAACCGUCACGUAAUAUUGUAAACGUGAUCAAAGCUUAAAUCCAACACGGGCGUCACAGUAGGCGGUCUGCGCACGCACACACACACACACGCGUACUUGUUAGCGUCACUUUGCGUGUCCUGCUCAGGAUCCAACCCCCCCCCCCCCCCUCAUGGAACCUUUGGCACCGGAUCCUCAGCUGACUCUGUGUCCCAGGUGUUGGUGGCCGGUGCGUCCUCCCUGAUCCUCUUACACCCACAAGGCUCCCGUUACAUCUGAGGGCAACGCGCUGAGCAACCCGAGCAGGCCCGCUACCCCCCCCCCCCCCCCCCCCCCCCCCCAAAGAGCAUGUGAAUGCCUCGCCGCGUUUGCCACAGCGAGGAUACGAGGGUAUUCGGCCUUGUGCACAAAAACGCGUGUAAACUCGUGUAAAUCAGAGCGUGUUAAUGUGCGAGCGCGAGCGUACGCUCACUGCUGUCGAACGCGUCCGUGUUCCUUUUCUCCCCCCCUCCCCCUUCCUUGUACUUUCCAAUGCUUCCAAAUUUUUAAAAGGGUAAUUGUAGCCGAGAGACCAGGGGGGGGGUCAAACCUUAAAGCAUCUCAUUUCCCUGUCUGCACAAAAUUCAAUUUACUGUCGGAAAUGUCAGCGGCGUGGAGGAGUGAGCUGGAAAUGUCAACAGGGACGGGUCGAAAGGAGAAGGCUCUUUGAAAGCCCCUCAAAGACCCCCCCCCCCCCUUUCAAAUCCUCCUUCUUGCUGCUUAGAGGAACGGGGUAGUUGCAUGCGCCGUGGGAUUUGUGCAUUUAUUUUGUGUGUGUGUGUGUGUGUGUGUGUCAAAGCAAUUGUUUGCUUCGGGGAUGUGAUUCAAAUAUGAAGAGACCAAAAAAAAAAAAAAAAACCUCCCAUUCAGAUUAAAACAAUCACACCGACGCUCAAAAACAUUGUUAAGAGAAAAACACUAUUUUCAUACUUUUUAGUUUUCGAAUGAAAUGCAUAUUUUUGGGCAAACAUUCUCCGCGGGGGAAAUGUUUGGGACGGGAACUGUUAAUCUUAAGCCAUACAGCCUGCAGAAGAACCUUCUAUUGUAUUCACACGCCGUGGCGUCGCACACGCGUCACCUUUUGCCUUUCGUCUCGCUCGACGCUCAAAAAGAAUUCGCUCGUGUCUUCAGACGAACGCUCGAUGGUCUUAACUUCCACUCUUUUGUUUUUCGCCCGUUUGCUUCAUUUCGCUGUGGCCUUUUCCUUCUGCUUCUCGCGUUUGUCUUUCAAACGUGUUCCAUUUGUGAUCCACACCCAUAAACUCUGAUCGGUACGGCGCGCCAGAUUUAAACCCCCGUUUCUGCUGAAGUUGUUCUGUUUCAGUGGGACGAGUGAAGCGAAGGCUUCAAUUAUACUACUUUGUUUUUCCUGGUUUGCAAAAGAAACCUUUUAAACACUCCGACUGAAUCAAAUAGUGUAUCAAAUUAACGGCGUUGUUUGAUAUAUUGACAUAAUGAACAGUUUUUGGUUCCGUAGCCGUAGAGAGAUCCUCGUUCUGUGUGGAAAAGCCUUUUAAGUUCACCCAAAGACCAUUAUUAUUAUCAUUACUCUCUUCUGUGGAACACUGGAAUGCACUUUUGUAUGAAACUGUAUUUGUCUUUGCAUUAGUUUCCGACGGGAUCUUUACAGACAUUAGUUACCAGAAGCUGCUUCAAUGAACAUUUGGGUCUCGCACGAUUGUUGUGAGCGGAGAAAAGGUCGAUCUGUUCUUUGAGAAACACACAGAUCCCAAAUCUGCCUUCAUUGGAAAAACACUAAUUUGGUUUCCACGUGAUCCGCAGUGAAAUGUUCCUUUUAAGGCGCCCACAGAACGACGUCAUCCACCCAAAGACGCCCAAAUAAUGUUUACCCCGUCGCUUUGCACCAACCGCCACCUCUCCAGCACUCGCAGCUGUACCUUUUAUCUCCAGGCGCUGCUGUGAGAUGUUUCCUGCAGCGUGAUCAGGUGACGCAUCACAGGGGACAGGAAUGUCCAUGGGGGGCUUCACACGCCGGAAUGUAUUUGGAGCUUUUAGUCCUGAGGGUUUUAAAUCCUUUGCUAUGGUCGACUUGAGAUAUCCGAUUGCAUUUCUCUUUUUAAUUGGUUUAUUUUUCUUUUCUUUUUUCAUUGUCAUGUGCCCUUCAAUUAUUUGCAGUAUGAAAAUUUAAAUUUUGCAAUAAUUAAGAGAUUUUAUUUAAUUUUAUAUAAAUAAAUGGGAAUAUAUAUAAUAAAGAAAAAUGUAUUAGAAAAUGAAUAUGUAUGUACAAAUCUGAAAGCGAUCUGGUUGAUUCCUCUUUUAGCUUUCAGCAUUCCAUCCCUGUGAUGAGCAGUCAGACUAACAACCACGAAUGAAACCACGUCACAAACUGUAAACCAAAUUAAAGUUUCACUUUGUAGCA